AUGUCUUCCGACGCAGACUACGCCGCUUUUCUCGACAAAGCAAAUCAAGACACCGGCUCGGCGGAGACCAAGGACGCGUCGCAGAAGAAGAGCUAUGGUACCAAGAGCGUGAACACUGCCGUGCCGAAGAUACUAGAACAGGUAGAAGAGUACUACGUUAGCGAUUCAGAUGAACCGUUUGAACCUGUUGCGCUAGAAUUCAAGGGUGACAACGUAUCAGCUGAGGACCUGAAGUCACUCAUCGGAAACUCCAAUGUAGAACAGGUUCAGAACACCGGCUUCGAUAGCCAAUACAAAAAGGUCAUGGAGGCGGUGAAGGAAGCCGGGAACGGCACUGUAAAGGUCUUCAGGGUGGAGCUCGAGGGCACGAGGGCAGAGUACUACGUCGUGGCAGUCGAUGACAAGGAAGGCAGGAUCGUGGGCCUCAAAGCUCUUGCUGUGGAGUCGUAA